AUGUCGGAUCAAGAAGUCAUUCCAUCAGAAAGCAAAGAUCAAUCAGCCAAAGUAACAACCGCAAAGAUUCAAUCAGAGGAAGAACAGAAGGAACAAAUUGAUGCAAGCCAAAAACAUUUGCAAAAUGAAAAAGACACUUUAGAUUUAUUCAAAUCAUUCUUGGAUGAGAAGGAUUCUAAAUGGAUCAUGGAAUCUUUGAAACAAAAAGAUCCACUCGUGCAAGUCUUAUCGGAAUUGAAGCCUGAGGAACGUAUUAGAUAUUUCGUUAAAUUUGCUCUCUCCCAAAAUGAGUUGUAUCAUUCACAAGUUUCCAAAUCAGAUCGUGAUGAUCAAUACAAUGAAUGGAAAUCAGAUGUGGGUGACACCAAUCUCUUGGAAAAUUUACAUCAUAAAAACUCAAAAGUGGCGCGCUCAUUGGGAGAGAUAGUUUUCAAAGAGGAUCAUACGAAUCUCAUUACAUUGAUGAACAAGUUAUCAAACAAACCUGUUAUCUUUAUAUGGAAGCAUAAGAAAAUUCCAUGGUUCAAAUAUGUGGAUCAAGCAGAAUACAUUUGGAAAACUACUGUGGAACGAGUGCAGAGAGCUCAUGGUGAAAAAUUACUCGAGGAUCGAGAGAGUGUGUUGUUGGAAUUUGCAAUUCAAAUGAGUUCAGGUCCAUCGGAUUGGGAAAUUGAAAUUUGUCAAGAAUAUGACCAAAAGGAUGAACAUUUAGAUUUGAAUGUGGAGCAAUCUGUGUAUAAAUUUAAAAAGGACUCAGUAUUUCCAAAUGGUUUGAAUAUCGACAGCGUUGGAGCGUUGCUUUGA